GCAAUCCUACUGAAAGUGACCACAAGUGACCACUGGUGUUAUCAAGCGUUGGUAAAGAAUUUCGGACACAUUUUAAGUUAAUGUAAACACUCGAAGAUUAGAAAAUGAAAACUUGUUAAAAAUGACGCAGUUGUUAGUUUCAUCACCUAGGAGACUUAAAUAUUUUGAAAAUAAAUCCAAAGCAUCUAUCUCAUCAGAAAAUUCGGCAUAAUUUUUUGGGGGAGAUGAUUUGUAGAAGAUAUUCAACGUUAUCGGCUCUAUACAUAGCCAUUUUGUUUUGUCUGGGUUGUGAGGGCUUCACUGACCGCACCCUAGAGGAACGAGCAGGCGGGGCAGACAUCGUACAGGCCGUGGUGGACAUUGUCCGCGAGAAUUGCAUCUACCCCAAUGACCGGGUCUUCCUCAGACGCCUCGCCUAUGUUCAGUCCCAAGACGGACUGGACGUGAGGACAUUCCGACCCGACUUUUACGGAGGAAUCUGGCAAGUUGAGGAAGCAGAUUUCAACUUAACUUCAUCAUGCAUUGGAUUAGAAAAUCAGUGCAAGAUAAUAAGAGAUAAACUCAACAUAAACUGGACGAGCGUGAUGUGGCAGAAUCUGACAAAACCCCUGUACUCGGGACUGGCUGCUAGUCUGUUGCUACAGCUGAGGGCGGGAAACAACACCCCCGGGGAUAUAAACAAACAGGCGGAAUUCUGGAUCAACAACUACCAGCAUGGAAAGACCAAGACGUUUUUUCUGACGGAAAUUCAAAAGAUCGCAAGGGCUACUUGUCAGAUAGAUCUAGCCUUCAUUGUGGACACCUCGGGGAGUAUCGGGUACUUUAAUUUUAUUGACAUGCUCGGUUUCAUGAAGAAAGUCACCCGUGGAUUGAACAUAGGGCCUGGAAACUCCCAAGUUGCCGUCGUGUCCUUCAGUAAUACGGCGAGGUUGGAAUUUGGAUUUGAAGAACAUCAAGAUCAUGCAUCUUUGGAAAGAGCCAUGAACUUCAUUAACUAUGACGCAGGAGGCACUGCCACCAAUAAAGGGAUAAAGCUGGCAAGGGAAUCUGUCUUUGAAACCAGCUCACGAAAAGGUGCAACCAAAGUCGCCCUUGUCAUUACGGACGGAUCAUCAGAUUCUUUCCAAGACACGAUUAACGAGGCAAAGAUAACCAAGGAAGCGGGAAUCGUCGUAUUUGCACUUGGAAUCGGAAACAUAAACAAGGCAGAGUUAAGGGCCAUAUCGAGUCCACCUGAGUGCACCCACGUGAUUUUAUUGGCGGGAUUCUCGGAAAUUGACAAUGUAGUCCAAGAAAUCGAAAAAGCAGCUUGUCGAGCACCUAUCGUCGUGGAUUCGAACAGCGUCAUUGGUAUGAACGGCACAAGCGUGGAUAUACACGGAGUGAGGUUAAAUGUUACUUACAAGCACCACAUCGACACCACCACCACGCUCGCCUUUGUCACACAGAGGACGGAGUCCAACACCACGGGCGCUCACAACGUCCUGGAGGUCAAGGUGAACUGUGGAGUGGUACAAGUGUAUGCUUCCUUUGACAACCCUCACCCUAGCUCCGUCUUCUACAGCCAGAAACUGACCGCGACGGACGGACAUCCGGCACUGUUGUUCCUGAAUAAGACAGCAGACGGCAGGCCGCUAUACCUGACGUCAGUGGGGUCACCCUACAGCAUCAAGGGGAAGAACUGCACCGACGCCAACUACCUUACCACUUUUGCUCACAUCAAUAUGUCCAAAGUUGAAGUGGUUUGCAAAGAGGAUGGCAUUGAGAGACCGUGCACCAAAAAGGACUUCGAGUUCCAGUCGUCCUACAAGGACAUGGUUUGUCAGUCUGGUAAUAUGGCUAUCCCAAAUCCCUGCACUGACACUGCUCUCCUAAACAAAGAACUUUACCACCCUCACCCAUAUGACGAAACAAAGUUCAUCAGGUGCGAUUACCAGCAGAAGAUGUAUGUCAUCCAAUGCCCGGAUGGACAACGCUACACAACAGGCUCCGACUCUUGUGGGUCUGCGCAGGUAACGGCAGGAGACAAGGUCUCGCUGGCAACGGAUCUUACAAACCCCUGUACACCACAGUCCCUUAUCAGUCAACAGUUCUUCUUCGCCUACCCCAAAGAUAAUACCAAGUACAUUCACUGUGACGUGUGGGGCCACGCGUGGGUCUCUAAUUGCUCCUCCCACAUGGUUUGGAGCCAGGCUAAACAAACAUGUACCCCGGAUGUACACACCUCUACAAACCCGUGCACACAGGACAAAGUGGAUCAGGGCUACACCAUGUUUCCCCAUCACGACCCCCAUAAAUAUAUCCACUGUGACAACGCCCUCAACCCCUGGGUCCAGGCCUGCACACCACACACGGUGUUUAAUUUUGAUUCACAGAACUGUGUAUGGGAGACUGCGCCUGUAGGAUAAUGGUCCGAUCUACGUUAUGGAGAAGAUGCGUUAUAAUUAAGCUGAUGCUUUUUUGUCAAGAAUUAAUUUGCUUAUGAAUUGAUGUAUUCAAACCAGAUAAAGAUUCGUUUUAUUAUAUUGAAAUAUUAAAAUUAUCUUAGCGAAAUAAAAAAAAAAUAAU